AAUAAUAACAACAACAACAAAAUUAAAGAUAACAAAAUUGACAUUUAUUAUUUUGUAUGAAAGACCGUUUAAGGUAGGUAAAAAGAAUGUAGAUAGGAAGGUUUAUUUGUUAGUGUAAAAUAUAAAAUAUAUGAACCUUAAAGAUAAGACUCUACAAGAUAACCAAACUUAUCUGGAUCCAGAUACGUUGAUUUUCUUUUAUUUCGAACUUAAUUCCACUAAACGAACGAAAUCAGUGUGAAAUUACGACGGUGAAAAAUAGGUGUUGAAAUUUAUUAACGCGUUUUUGGAAAUUGAGAGUUCUUCUGCUACAAAUCAAAACUUAUUAAUUACGUAAAUUUUAAUGUGUACAAAAUGAUUUUACAAGUAAACAAAGUUCAUUUCCUGUUUACUUAAUUGUUUUUAAUUAAAUUUGACCUAAUUUUCCGUCUUAAGUAUUUUUACUGUGUCACCGUUUCGUCGUCGUCGGUCAGUGACGUCUUCUUUUUCUUCUUAAAACGAAACAUCCCGAUACCCAAAUGAAAUAAAUUAGAAAAAGCAUUAAAAUUAUAAUUCCAGGCAAAUUUUAAGGCAAAACAAAAAAAUAAUCAUUAAAUUCAUUCAUUCAAUUAGAUAAUUAAAAGUGUAUAUCUUUCUACACGCAAAUAUUCGUUACUUCGUUACUGUUCUCUCAACAAAUAAAAUAAUUAAAAUCUUUUUUUACUAUUUUCACUCUCGAAAAGUUAAAAUCCCAAUAAAAAAAAUAAAAUUAUUUCAUAUCUGUAGAUGAAAUCAAGUGCGGUUAUCAACACUCCUACUCACGUGUGCUAUAUAAAAAUUAUUACAUAAAAUAAAAUAAAAAUUUAAAAAGCCCUCAACACAAAUAUAUACAAAUACAUUCAACGGCGAGUUUAAAUAAUUAAAAAAUAAAAUACAAAACAAAAACAAAAGUUUUACAUCAACAAAUGUAAUAAUGUUGAAAUCGUUCGAUAUAACCGGAGGAAAUUUUACGGAAUUUUUGAACGUCGGUGUUGUAGCUGCUUUGGCAACACCUGUUGCCCUUAAUAAUAAUCACAAUAAUAAUUUGGCAUUAAUGAAUAUUAAUAAUAUUAAUAAAAAGAUUUCAUUGGAUAAUAAUAAUUUAUCAUCGAUGAAAAGUUCAUCAAAAGUUCGUCCGCAUCCGUAUUUAUUGCGAGACCAACAACAACAACCACAACAACUACAACAACAAUUGCAUCCAAUUUUACAACAACAGCAAGAACAAUUACAAGUCUUACAACAACAACAACAUCAACAACAAUUACAAUUACAGUUGCAGCAACAACAACCCCAACAUUACCAAAGGCUACAACAAGAAGUUGCAACUACAGCUGCUUCAGUAGUUGUGAGAAACGUUGAUGGUGGUGAGAUAAAUUCAAUUGGCGGAUUUGGUGGAUUAUCAACGAUGAAUGCUUCACCACCAUUAAUUUGUGUUGCAGUUGACGGAAGCUCAAACACUGAAUUACUGCCAACAGCAAAUCCGGUGAUUAAAACGGAACCAGAAACAACCAUUACCACCACAAUUAAUGAAACCACCAACAGCAACAAUAACAAUAAUAGCCUAGAACAAGUUGUAAAUGGCGGCGGCGGUGGUAUUGGCAUUAGUGGUGCCAGUAGCACCACUGGUGGAAAUAGUAUUGGUGAAAAUAAUAUAUCUCAAUCAUCGAACACCAUAACUGAAGCAAUUUCUAUGGAAAUAGCUUUAAGGGAUGAAAAUGAUGAAUUCGAAAAGGAUCAACCUGACCCGGAUAAUAUUAAAAUGUUUGUUGGUCAAAUACCAAAGACAAUGGAUGAAGUUCAAUUGAAGAAAAUGUUCGAAGAAUAUGGACGGGUUCAUACGAUUAAUGUUUUGCGGGAUAAGCUGACAACACAAAGUAGAGGGUGCUGUUUUGUUACGUACUAUACAAGAAAGGCUGCACUUAAGGCUCAAGAUGCCUUACAUAAUAUUAAAACAUUAAAUGGGAUGCAUCAUCCUAUCCAGAUGAAGCCAGCCGACAGUGAGAACAGAAAUGAACGAAAACUUUUUGUUGGAAUGCUUAACAAAAAGUACAAUGAGAGUGAAGUGAGGCAACUAUUUGCUGGACACGGAACAAUAGAGGAAUGCACCGUGUUACGGGAUCAAAAUGGACAAAGCAAGGGCUGUGCCUUUGUUACGUUUUCAACGAAACAAGCAGCAAUUGGAGCAAUUAAGAACUUACAUCAAAGCCAAACCAUGGAAGGUUGUUCGGCACCUCUAGUCGUUAAAUUUGCCGAUACACAAAAAGAAAAAGACCAAAAGAAAUUACAACAAUUACAAGCAACAUUAUGCAGCAAUGGUUUAACCACAAAUCCAUCAGUCCAAUCUACGGCAUCAGUGAUAACCCGUUCAAAUCCCACCGUCCAACAAGCUCUAGCAGCUGCAGCUGCAGCACCAACUUAUGCACAGACUUCACCAGCUAUUGCUGCAGCAGCCCCAUCACUUAUGGCUGCUGCAAAUCCACCACAACAAACUUCACCUUAUUUAGCUGCUGAUGCAUUGGCAACACCUAGUCAAAUGCAAUAUUUUCAACAAUUACAAACUUUUGGAAUCCAUCCACAAUUUUUACAAGGACUAAAUUUCCCACCGGAUCACAGUGCAACAGCUUUAUCGGCUGCCACCGGACUUAUUGCACCUAUGUCCAUGCAGAGUUUGGUCUCGUUGAGUGCUCUUAAUCCGUCACAGCAUCAAUUCCAUCAUCCGCACCAUCAGCAUUUGACGCAUCAGCAUUUGAGUGCAGCUGUUCCGGCAAGUCCAACACAACCCAUUCCAGCACAAUUGGCAACCACUCAACCUGGAUCGACAACAUUAUGGACUGGAACUGAAGCUCUAACAAGUCCAUAUGCUCAAUCUCUAACGCAUUUGACCAAUGGUGCAUUUGCAACGGCAACAUCACCAUUAACGGCCUCAGCACUUUCAGCAGCAGCGGCAGGAGUAGCUGGUAAGCAAAUUGAAGGACCCGAAGGAAGUAAUCUUUUCAUAUACCACCUACCUCAGGAAUUCAAUGACACCGAUCUCGCUUCAACAUUUCUACCCUUUGGCAAUGUGCUUUCAGCAAAAGUUUUCAUCGAUAAGCAAACCAAUCUAUCCAAAUGUUUCGGUUUCGUUUCAUAUGAUAAUCCACAUUCGGCAAAUGCAGCUAUUCAAGCUAUGCACGGUUUUCAAAUUGGAACUAAACGAUUAAAGGUUCAAUUGAAACGUUCCAAAGAUGCUGCAAAGCCAUAUUAAGCACAAACUUGUUAGUUUUUUUUGAAUUAGUAUUUAAUUUAAACAAAGCAACUGAGAAAAACGCACUAAUUUUGUUUUUAAUUUAAUUUAAAUUUUAGAAAAUUCCAAAGUACAUUGUGCCUUAGGCUAGAUUUUAAGAAAACAAAAUAAAUAAAUAUGGAAAUAUUUAUAAAUAAGUAACUUGUAUCUUAUUUAAUUUUGUACAUAUAGAAUCAAUAUUGUGUGUGCAGCUAUGUCAACUUUUUAUGGGGAAAAACCGCAUAACAAAAAUAUUUUUGUUAUAAGAAUUUAAAGUUAAAUUAAACAAAAUAAAUCAAACUUAAUGUUUGGUUAAAUUUAUUAAAUGUAGUAAAAUUAGUUCUUGGUGAAAAAGAAAGAAAAUGGUACCAAAUAAUAUACAAAAAGGGUUUCAAGUUAAAUGGUAGCAAUUAUUUACACUUUUAAGAAAAUAAAAAUGAAAUAAUAAAUAAAACACACAGAAAGCAUUAAACAUUUAUAUAUUUUUAGUAAAUAAUAAAAGAAUAUUUAAAGGCAUGGUUAUUUAGUCCGUAUUAAAAAACAAAAAUAUAAAAAUAUUGCAUUUAAGAAUAAAAAAUAAAAUAAAUAUUUAAUUUUUUAAAUAAAAUAAAAUUUGUUUUGUUCCAAGUUUAGAUAUAAAAGAUUUAGAUAUAAAACUUUAAAUACAAAUUUUAAAAAUACAACGUGCUUGAAUGAAAUAUGAAUUUCAGACCAAAGAAUUGAAAAAAAAAACAAUAAAUUGAUGAAAAAAUUAUUUUUAAAAUCAAAUUUUAAAUCAAAGAUAAAGUUAAAGCCAGUUAAAGUUAUAAAGUCAUUUUAUUAUAACUAAUAUUAUUAUUAUUAAUAAUUGAACGAAAAAUAUGUAAAACAUAGAUUUUAAAUACAAUGAAAAUAUCUAAACCUUUAUUUCAUUUCAUAUUCUUAUGUUACAUUUUUAAUUUUCAAAUAAUUUUUAUUUUAUUAUAACAAAACAAUAAAAGCAAAUUUGAAUUAAUAGAAAAGUCUGCUACUAACACUUAAGAGAGCCAAAUAAUAAAUUGUUUUAACUUAUUUUAAUUUUACAAACACAAAAAUUAAAUAUUAUUUUUAAUUUACAGACUAAAAUUAUUACAUAACAAACAUAAAAUAAAUUAUGUACUAUUUACCAAAAAGAAAAUUUAAAAAAUUAAAUUAUUAUGUGCAUCAUAAUAAUUUGAGGUAUAAUAAAUUUUUAAAAGCUGUUGGAUAUAUUAUGCAUACAUUUGUUCAUAUUAUGAACUGUACAUUUACAAAGAGUAAAAUGUUUUUUCUUUUUUAAAUAAUAAUUUUAAAAUUAUAAAUAGUUAAAUUAAUUUAAGAAAAAAAUUAUUUACACAGAGAGAAAAAAUUGUUAUUCGACGCAAGUGUACUUAAGGUAGUUGCAAAAUACCUUUUUUUUAGCUGUUAUUAUUUAAAGUUAUAAAAGAAUUAGAAUAAUUAUACAAAAAUGAAAAAUACACUAAAUAAUAAAAAUUAUUAUAUAGGAACCAAGA